GUGGCCUGCAUGCAGUUCAUCAACAUCGUGGUCCACUCGGUGGAGGACAUGAACUUCAGGGUCCACCUGCAGUAUGAAUUCACCAAGCUGGGCCUGGAUGAGUACCUGGAUAAGCUGAAGCACACGGAGAGUGACAAGCUGCAGGUGCAAAUUCAAGCCUACCUGGACAACGUUUUCGACGUGGGAGCUUUGCUGGAGGAUGCUGAAACCAAGAAUGCAGCCUUGGAAAGAGUUGAAGAACUGGAAGAAAACAUUUCCCACUUGUCUGAGAAACUCCAAGACACGGAGAACGAAGCCAUGGCCAAGAUUGUGGAACUGGAAAAACAACUUAUGCAGAGAAACAAAGAGCUGGAUGUGAUCCGGGAGAUCUACAAAGAUGCAAAUACCCAGGUUCACACCUUGAGAAAAAUGGUGAAAGAAAAGGAGGAAGCCAUCCAGCGACAGUCGACGCUGGAGAAGAAGAUCCAUGAACUGGAGAAGCAGGGGACCAUUAAGAUCCAGAAGAAGGGAGAUGGUGACAUCUCCAUCCUUCCUGUCGCUCUGGCCUCUGGGAUGGUGCCAGCAGGGUCAGAGGCCGUGGCUGGCACCUGUGGCACACCCCUCGCUGGAGCUGCAUCUUCAGUGCCACUGCCACCACCUCCCCCACCCUUACCUGCCUUGGCAGCAGCACCUGAGGCAG